UCUUUCCUCCCCGAUCCAACAUCGCCCCCACUGACCUACUUGGUUCUGUCCUAUCUGGAAUGCAUUGUGGGUAAACUUCAAGAUGGCGUCGCUGGUUCGAGCUGUACGAAUUCGUCCUUUCGUCUGUGGACUGCACAGCCUAGGACCUCGAAUGAUGAGUGAUGGCUUAGGUGAGCUGGGAUCUGGAUCAGGCAAGGGCGGAGGUGCUGGUGGAUCCAUCAGAGAGGCGGGUGGAACUUUGGGGAAGAAGGAGGUGGCAGAAGAGGAGAUGUACUUCCGUCGAUUGCAACAGCAGCAGCUGUCUGAGCUGAAGAAGCACCAUGCUGAUGAGAUCCGUCAGAGGGAACUGGACAUAAAGCGCCACAAGGAAGCCAUUGAACGACACAAGCUGAAGAUCCGUGAUCUGGAACGCACGGCACCUGGAUCCCAGUCGGAUUCAGACUAGUCUGAUUCUGUAGAGUCAUGCUGAACAAAACAAGUUUGUUCCUCACCGAUUGUUCUUACGCACUGAUCCCAGCUGCUGGUAUACACCAACCCUCACAGGGUUUACAUCUCUUGCUUUUGAUGACAUAUAGCUGGUGUAUAAUUGAAUAGUCUGGAUUUACCCACUGACAUGACAAAACUCUCAAUAAUGCUUCCUAUAUGAAAGAUAACAUAGAUGUCAAAGAAAGAUCAAAAAUGUUUCUCAACAUCUCUUAAGUUCUGCUGUAGACUGAAUUACAUCAAUGGGAGUAGUUGUUUGUAAAUGUUCACAAACACACAAAAAGAAGAUGUACAAUAGAUAAUGAUAAGAGAUAUGUUUUACAGUUCCCAUGCUGAAAUUUUCUUGCAAAUCUACUAAAUCUGUGUCAUUAUCACAAAUAGAGUGUAUCUUUGUCAAGUCAUUUAGUAGUCCUGAAAGAAGUUUAGAUACAUGUACUUGCAAAACAGUUGAUUGCUUAAUUCAGGAUAUGUGGGCUAUGUUGUGCUGACAGCUUAUUAAAGACAUGUAUAGUGAAGCA